AUGGACUUUGGCAACAUAAUUCAAGAAAAACUCAUUUAAUAGAUACUUGAAAAAGAGAUCUGUAAUUCAAAUGAUCUUAAUUAAUACUUUUUUAGUGAGUUAGCAACUAAAAUAUCUAGUUCUGGAGAGAAGAAAAAAAGGAUAAUUUUCCUUACACAUAACUCUUUUUUUGUACUCUAAGACCUUUGUAGCUAUAAACACAUUUAGAGAUUUAAUAUCCCAGAUAUCAAUAAAAUAACAAUUCAUUCAGAUUAUCGAAACGUGUGCUCCAUCAUAUUAAGAAAUAGCUUUUAAUUAAACUUAUAAAUAAAUCAUUUUAAUGAAUUUAUAAAAUUUAUUCAAAGUAUUUUUAAUUGUGUCUUAAAAACUUUUGUUCCAAUAAUCUAUAAGUAGAAGUAAAAAACGAAUGAAGAACCCAAAAUUGAUGAUAAAAAUAGCGCACAAUAAAAAAUAUAAUCUUUUUUAAGCAGCUAAAAAGAAUAAUUUUACAUUAAAAUUGAGAUUAUAUCAAAUAAUAAUUCGCAAAGUGAUUCUAUAAUUUUAGGGUUACUAUAAUUCUUUUAAAAAGAUAUUUAAAUUACUGGAUUGGAGAAGUGUUAAGAAUUAAAGAGAUUUACAUAAGUAGUAUUAUUAAAUUAAAAUCUAGAAUAAUAAUACUUUAUUUUUUAAUCAAUAAGAAAUCCAGACCUAAUCUUUCAUAUAAAAUUAUUAGUAGACUCAGAUUUUCCUCUUUUUGUAAACAAAUUAUAAGAUAUAAAAAAUAAUUUAAUUAAAUGA